UUCAGAUCUACGCCGGAAGGAGACUUGUGUGUUUGAAAGUGUACGUUGAAAAUGUAUAUAUAACCCUGUGCAUUGAGUGUGAAGUGAAAAUGGGGCAAACGUCUAGCAUAAGACAAGUUUCUGUCCAGAGCAGCUUGUAUCUUGGCUCUGAGGACAGAGAAAGUCAACACAGAGGAAGCAACCCUAGGCUUCCAAGUCAAUCUGAAGGAGAGGACACUGAAACCUAUUAUACCGGCUUGGAAGAAUUGGCCUCGACACCGAACGGAUCGCUAAAAAGUCAGAGAAAACACCUCAAAAACAAAACUUUUGCAGUUGAAAAUUGUUUUACAGACUGUAGCAUGGAAACAGUAUGUAGAAUCACUUCACGUCCGAUUGAGAAAGAGCGAUCCGGGCGUAGGAAGCAUAAGGAGAAACAAGCCAAAACUUCCGAGGGCAGCAAAUGUUUGACUGGUUGUAGCACUGAAAACCUGGAUCAAAACAUCUCAGGUACGAGUGAGAAACAGCAAACUGGAAGGAGGAAACAUAAGGAAACACAUCUAGAGGCCAAAACUUCAGAGGGUGGCAAAUGUUUUACAGAAAAUGGCACUGAAAAACUGGAUCAAACCACUUCAGUUACGAUUGAGAAGCAGCAAACCAGACCGCGAAAAAUUCGCAAAAGAGACCUAGAGGCCAAAACUUCAGAGGGUGGAAAAUGUUUGACAGAAAAUGGCACUGAAAAACUGGGUCAAAUCACUUCAGGUCCAAUUGAGAAAGAUCAAACCAGACGGAGGAAACAUAAGGAAACACAUCUAGAAGCCAAAACUUCGAAGGGUGGCAAAUGUUUUACCGAAAAUGGCACUGAAAAACUGGAUCAAACCACUUCAGUUACGACUGAGAAACAGCAAACAAGACCGCGAAAAAUUCGGAAAAGAGACCUAGAGGCCAAGACUUCAGAGGGUGGAGAAUGUUUGACAGAAAGAAGCACCGAAAAACAUGAUCAAAUCACUUCAGCUACGAUUGAAAAACAGCAAAACAGACGGAGGAAACAUAAGGAAACACAUCUAGAAGCCAAAACUUCAGAGGGUGGCAAAUGUUUUACCGAAAAUGGCACCGAAAAACUGGAUCAAACCACUUCAGGUACGACUGAGAAACAGCAAACCAGACCGCGAAAAAGUCAGAAAAGAGACCUAGAGGCCAAGACUUCAGAGGGUGGAGAAUGUUUGACAGAAAAUGGCACUGAAAAACAUCAAACCCCUUCAGUUACGACUGAGAAACAGCAAACAAGAUUGCGAAAAAGUCAGAAAAGAGACCUAGAGGCCAAGACUUCAGAGGGUGGAGAAUGUUUGACAGAAAGAAGCACCGAAAAACUGGAUCAAACCACUUCAGGUGCGAUUGAGAAGCAGCAAACCAGACCGCGAAAAAGUCAGAAAAGAGACCUAGAGGCCAAGACUUCAGAGGGUGGAGAAUGUUUGACAGAAAAUGGCACUGAAAAACAUCAAACCCCUUCAGUUACGACUGAGAAACAGCAAACAAGAUUGCGAAAAAGUCAGAAAAGAGACCUAGAGACCAAGACUUCAGAGGGUGGAGAAUGUUUGACAGAAAGAAGCACCGAAAAACAGGAUCAAAUCACUUCAGCUACGAUUGAAAAACAGCAAACCGGACGGAGGAAACAUAAGGAAAAACACCUAAAAUCCAAGACUUCAGAGGGUGGCAAAUGUUUGACAGAAGAUGGCACUGAAAGAAUGGAUCAAACCACUUCAGGUAUGAUUGAGAAGCAGCAAACCGGACAGAGAAAACGUAAGCACGAAAAGAGAGGAUUGCUAAAACUGGGAAAGCACCAAAAAGUCAUAUCUUCAGAAGAUAGGACAAAAAUUAACAGAGGUUUCAUAUCGAAGCAGGAAACAAUGCAGAAAGAACCUCAAGAUUUGGAUAACGCCAUGAUCAGAGGAGUAAGGCACCAGCAACAUAGUCAGGGAAUAGAGAGGUCUGACAAACUUAGACAAAUAAAGGACGCACUCAAAAACAUAGACAGACAAAUUGAACUAAUGGCGGCAUCUCGGAAACAGCUGGAAAUGUUAAAACGUUCAACUCCUUCUACAGAUGAAAUUGGACCAAUUAAAAGAAUGGCAACCCAAAUUCAGAAUAGACUGAAGGAGAGGCAUCAGCAAUGGGAGAACAAUAAAACCAACUUAGAUGAGGAGUUUCGUAAAAAGUUCCAGUUUUGGGAUUCGGUGCACACUCAAUCUAAAAAUAUGGUAGAAAACCUCAACAGUUUCAAGCAGUAUGUAGACUUAGUGCAAGCUCAGUUAAAAGAAACAGUUUGGGCCCUUUAUGAAGAAUCAAUGUCAUUAAAGAGGAAGAGAGCGUGUCUUGUAGACGUGCUAUUUGGAAAAAAAUACAACACGGAUUCAAACAGCACCUGGCGAUCCGCAUCAAUAAGAAACACCUAAAGAGGGAAUGGGCCCUGCCAUUUCAUCAGGGCCUUUGUCCAUAAAAAAGGGCUGAAGUCCUGCCCCCCCCGCCCCCACACACACACACACCCACACCCACACACCACCAACAACAACACCACCACCUCCCCCAAUCCAAGAUAUAAUUUUAAGUAACAAAAAAUAUUCCAACACAUUGCUGUUGGUGUGGGUUUUCUCUGGGAGCUCCAGUUUCCUCCCACAUGUCCCAUUUUUAGUUCUUUUGCAAAAUCUCAGUUUUGCACCUUUCACACACAGUAAAUUUGUCUGAGUAAAACUGACUCAAAUUGAAGAAAAUAAUUUUUGAGUGGGCACCCAAUGUCUGUUUCGGAGUACUUUUUCUUCCAUCUGAUUAAAUUUUACUCGGACAAAUUUUCUGUGCAUUAACUCCAUUAUAAUUUGCCAGUUUAAGUAUUUUCAUGAAUAAUUAAGAGAUAGUAGUUGAACGGCUGAACUUAAACAAUGAUUUAACCACGUUAAAAAGAAAUUAACGAGAAAUGUGAUUAUUCUUCAUUUGUUCACUUUUGUUCACUGUCAUUUGACAACCCUGAUUUUUUUUUUUUUUUUUUUUUUUUGUAGCUUAACCUUUGUUGUGCUUAAUGGUCUUUAAGUGAUGACUGGCAUAGUGUGAAGAGUGCUUGGAUGCUAGAAAGGGCGCAAAUUCACCAGUUCAACUCCCACAGACUGCCCUUUUGGGUCCCUGAGCACGAGCGGGACAGAUGUUGCGGCUGGCUGUGCCCUGCUAUGGAGCUCAGACAGAAGCAAGCGGGUGAGAGCGGAGCAAGAAACCGGGCAGACAGAGCACCCGACCCGGUUGCAGAAGUGGCGACUGGCCGGGCAAUUCUGACUGGAGCUACAAAAGGAGGACGAUUUAUGAAUGAUUUAACAGUCCCUUUAAUGGCUAAAUAAAAAACGGCUUUUCUCAAAGCCACCCACAAACCUCUAAAGAGCAUUCCUUGCUUCAUCCCUGUCAACAUUAACUUUUCCAUUUUGAUAAUAAAAAGCUUUGUCUUGCUCCUAAAUCUGAUAAAUUCUCACUAGGUGAUGCAAAUAAAAGUUGCAGCACCAGACACGUUAUAGUUAUCAAUAUUAC